CGGGAGCAACCCUCUCCUGCUACUACAACUUUACUACUGCAACCAAUCGAGCCCUGUACGUCUCAACUACCUUCUCUCAAUCCCACAUCUUUGUCUGUGGUGGUCGUCUUCUACGUCGCUCUUCCGAAAGCUUCUUGGAAAUCUUGCUCUCCGUGAACACAAUGGACUACACUAUGGAGGAUAGUCAAAACUCUGCGCCUAACGCGCACGAAGCCUCAAAGCUGGGUGCUUCUACCCAGCGCAAUGACAGCCAAGGCGUCACCAAGCGCCUGCAAUCUGAAUUGAUGCAGCUCAUGGUGUCACCUUCUCCAGGAAUUUCGGCCUUCCCGGACGCUGAUGGAAACCUCCUAUCCUGGACUGCUACUAUUACCGGCCCUUCAGAAACACCAUACGAGGGUCUGACUUUCAAGCUCUCCUUCUCGUUCCCCAACAACUACCCAUACUCGCCACCUACCGUGCUCUUCAAGACCCCAAUCUACCACCCGAAUGUCGACUUCUCCGGCCGCAUUUGCCUGGAUAUCCUUCGAGACAAGUGGAGUGCCGUGUAUAAUGUACAGAACGUUCUGCUUAGCUUGCAGAGUCUCCUUGGAGAGCCCAACAACGCGAGCCCUCUGAAUGCCCAGGCUGCUGAACUCUGGGACACCAACCAGGAGGAGUAUAAGCGCCACGUACUGGCCAGGCACCGCGACAUUGAAGACAUUGAAUAGAGUACCUCUCUCUAGAAUUCCUACUGGGCGUUUGGCGGAACUGGUUGUUAUUCUUUUGGAAGCAUUGCAUUGAACCGGGGUCUGGGUUGCACUUUUGGACUCAUUUUUCGUGGUGGGAAUCUGUUCACUCGCGCGGGACUUGGAUAUGCUUUCUCGUAGGAGAAGGACAGCAUCACUGAACUUGGGGAUCCGUUGUUGGCAAAUCUGGAGAAACGGAGUUUUCGGAAGCAGGACGUUUCCCUGCACAGCACUGUUCUUGCCGUCAUUCGGUUGUCCUUCUGCAUUAUAUUUCUUCUUAUUCUGAGUCUAUAAUACUCAGCAGGUAUUUUUAUAUGUACACCAAUCAGAGGUG